UGAUUAUGGUGAUGACGACGAUGCGUAUGUAUCUACUCCGUAGGUACUGUACGUACCUUUUUUUUUCUUUGUCGAGGCAAGGCUUCGGUUAGCGGCAUGCUGUCUGAAGGCAGACACUGUGGUGGCCUGCUUAGGCUAGAUGCGUCACGGUCAUGCUUCUGGGUUCUACUUGUGUGGUGCUGUUUGGGGGCAGGUACGGAGACUGUUCUUGUGUGCAUAAAUGCUGCAGCAGCGUUGCCGCGUGCUUUGUCAUCAAUGCACACUGUGCGGUUUUCCAGGGACAUGCAUGUCUCCUACCCAAACAACUCCUAUCCCACCGAGCAAGGGGGUGUUGACACCGAGGUAGAUUUAUCUGUAUGACCCUCUGUUUCACUAUAAGUGAGCGGAUACUAGGGUGACAGCCAGCGUCAAGGGGCUAUUCCUGUGGUUGUUGCGAGAACAAAACCC